AUGCCAUCUCGACCUCCGCUCGUAGGCAUAGCCGCUGCCCUCGCAUCACAGCCCCCCACGCGCACAGUAUUCGCCCAAUUCUCGCUCGUCGAAAGGGUGGCUUUGGUCACUGGGGGCGGGCGUGGAAUCGGCCUCGAAGUAGCAGCGGCCUUCGCGGAGGCCGGUGCGAUCGUUUAUUGUCUAAGCCUGUCCAAGCAACCCGACAACGACUUUGUCGCCGUCCAGGAAUUCAUCGCGAAGCUGCCUCCGCUUGCAGAAGACGUGAAGAAUGGAAGGAUGGAGUAUAUCAGCGGCGACGUGACGGAUCAGAAACAGAUGUGGAAGGUCGCUGAAGAUAUCGUGGCCAAAGAAGGAAGGCUCGAUAUUUGCUUCGCGAACGCUGGUAUUACACAAGGAGGUGUAGGUUGUCUUGAGUAUCCGGCGGAGGAUUUCGCAAAGAUUAUAAAUGUCAAUUUGAAUGGUGUCCUGUAUACUGCUCAAGCCGCUGGGAGGCAGAUGGAGAAACUUGGUGUUCCGGGGAGCAUCAUCCUGAAUGCAAGCAUGGCCGGGAGUAUCGCCCUUCAAAACGAGAAACUGAUCGCGUAUACUGCAAGCAAGUCAGCGUUGAUCCAGAUGGCUCGAUCUAUGGCUUGCGAGCUCGGGCCGAAGGGAAUACGAGUGAAUUCAGUGAGCCCUGGGUACAUAUACACCAAGCGAGCUGACGGAAGGAUACGUAAAAUCCACCGACAAGAUGAGAGAGUGGAGUUCGCAAAACCCGCUUGGCAGGCUGGGCCGACCGGAAGAAUUGAGGGGAGUCUGUCUGUGGCUCGCGAGUGA